CCCUUACUCCCCCGCUGCUCUUCCCUAUGGGGAUUCGAGAGUUUCCCAACGGCACGACGAGGGGCAAGACCAUUGCGAUUGGCAUGAGGAGAUCUCCAGAUGUCAGCCCCAGGAGGCUGUCAGACAUCAGCCCUCAACUCCGGCAGCUCAAAUACCUAGUGGUGGAUGAGGCGAUCAAAGAGGAUUUGAAAUGGUCUCGAUCCAUGGAAGACCUCACCAGUGCUACCGUGGGGCUCACUUCCAUUGAGGAAAGGAUUCUGCGGAUUACUGGCUAUUAUGGUUAUCAGCCCUGGGCUGCCAGCUACAAAAAUGAACGUUCCCAUGAUUCCCCAGCCCCAGCAGAAGCCCAGGCACAAGCUGGAAUGGAAGCUGGGGGAAGAAGGAGCCGAUGUUGCUGGACCUGCUCAGUGACCCAGCUUAAGAAAAUUUUCUGGGGAGUACUGGUGGUGCUUGGUGUCUGCUCCUCCUGGUCAGGUUCAACCCAGCUAGCAAAACUGACCUUUAAGAAAUUUGAUGUACCCUUCACUUUGACAUGGUUUGCAACAAACUGGAACUUUUUAUUCUUUCCUUUGUAUUACAUUGGACAUGUUUGUAAGUCAGCUGAAAAACAGUCUCCACAGCAAAAAUACAGGGAAUGCUGUCGGUUUUUUGGAGACAACGGCUUAACGCUAAAGGCAUUUUUUACCAAAGCAGCACCCUUUGGUGUUCUUUGGACACUCACAAACUACCUGUACUUACAUGCAAUAAAAAAAAUAAACACUACGGAUGUCUCCGUGCUGUUCUGCUGCAACAAAGCUUUUGUGUUUUUGCUUUCAUGGAUCAUUCUCAGGGACAGGUUCAUGGGAGUGAGGAUUGUUGCUGCUAUACUUGCUAUUGCAGGGAUAGUCAUGAUGACUUAUGCUGAUGGAUUCCACAGUCAUUCAGUUAUUGGAAUAGCACUUGUUGUGGGAUCUGCCUCAACGUCAGCUCUCUACAAAGUUUUGUUUAAGCUUCUCCUGGGCAGUGCUAAAUUUGGGGAAGCUGCCUUAUUUUUGUCAGUGUUAGCUGUCUUCAAUAUCCUUUUUGUUACCUGUAUUCCUGUCAUCCUUUACUUUACCAACGUUGAAUACUGGAGUUCUUUUGAUGCCAUUCCUUGGGGAAGCAUUUGUGGAUUUUCAGUCCUAUUAUUGACAUUCAAUAUUUUAUUAAAUUUUGGGAUUGCUAUUACAUAUCCUACCUUGAUAUCUCUUGGAAUUGUACUAAGUGUACCUGUAAAUGCAGUUAUUGAUCACUACUCAAGAGACAUUGAAUUCAACAGUGUCCGGGUAAUUGCCCUUGUCAUCAUUGGCUUGGGCUUCCUCCUUCUGCUUUUACCAGAGGAGUGGGAUGAGUGGUUAAUAAAGCUCCUCACUCGCCUCAAAGAACGAAAGAAGGAAGAGAUACCAGAAGGAAACGGAGACAUCAUUUCAGGAUUACAAAAUAAAAGCAGGAGAACACGCCCAUCCAUGUCAUCGUUCACACAUUAA